CCUAUUAAGCCCAGCCCCCCUGCCCCUAGACCUAUCUGUUCCCACCCUGGACUUUGGCAAUAAAGGAGCGCCAGGCUGGGUGUUUGCUCUGCAGAGGCAGGGGUCAGCGGCCUUGGCCUCAGCACCUCAGCACCUUCCCUUCCUCAGGGAGGCCUGGGCUUUGGCUACUGGGGGGACAGCGGGGAGAGGGGGUGUGAGCAGGGGAGGGUAAGUGUGCUUUGUACCUAGGGUUGAGGGUGUGGGAGGUUGGGGGUGGGUCUGGUCACUGCAGCAUCUGGGGUGACUGGGGUAAGGGUCACCGGGGGAAUCCAGAGUCCAGAGUGAGGGCCGCUGCUCACAGUGCCCGGCUGCCUGGGGAAUCAGCUAGAAGCCAAGCUGGACAAACCAGAUGUGGUGAACUGGAUGUGCUACCGCAAGACAGAGGACUUCUUCACCAUCUGGCUGGAUCUCAACAUGUUCCUACCCCUCGGGGUAGACUGCUGGAUCGAUAACACCAGGGUUGUCUACAACCGGAGCUCUGGGCUUGUGUCCAACGCCCCUGGUGUCCAGAUCCGCGUCCCCGGCUUUGGCAAGACCUACUCUGUGGAGUACCUGGACAGCAGCAAGCUGGCAGGGUACCUGCACACACUGGUGCAGAACCUGGUCAACAAUGGCUACGUGCGGGAUGAGACUGUGCGCGCCGCCCCCUAUGACUGGCGGCUGGAGCCCGGCCAGCAGGAGGAGUACUACCGCAAGCUCGCAGGGCUGGUGGAGGAGAUGCACGCUGCCUAUGGGAAGCCCGUCUUCCUCAUUGGCCACAGCCUUGGCUGUCUACACUUGCUCUAUUUCUUGCUGCGCCAGCCCCAGGCCUGGAAGGACCGCUUCAUCGAUGGCUUCAUCUCUCUUGGGGCUCCCUGGGGUGGCUCCAUCAAGCCCAUGCUGGUCUUGGCCUCAGGCGACAACCAGGGCAUCCCCAUCAUGUCCAGCAUCAAGCUGAAAGAGGAGCAGCGCAUAACGACCACCUCCCCCUGGAUGUUUCCCUCUCGCAUGGCUUGGCCUGAGGACCACGUGUUCAUUUCCACCCCCAGCUUCAACUACACAGGCCGUGACUUCCAGCGCUUCUUUGCAGACCUGCACUUUGAGGAAGGCUGGUACAUGUGGCUGCAGUCACGUGACCUCCUGGCAGGACUCCCAGCGCCUGGCGUGGAAGUAUACUGUCUUUAUGGCGUGGGCCUGCCCACACCCCGCACCUACAUCUACGACCACGGCUUCCCCUACACGGACCCUGUGGAUGUGCUCUAUGAGGACGGUGACGACACAGUGGCCACGCGCAGUACUGAACUCUGUGGCCUCUGGCAGGGCCGCCAGCCACAGCCCGUGCACCUGCUGCCCCUGCGUGGGAUACAGCAUCUCAACAUGGUCUUCAGCAACCAGACCCUGGAGCACAUCAAUGCUAUCCUGCUGGGUGCCUACCGCCAGGGUCCCCCUGCAUCCCCGACUGCCAGCCCAGAGCCCCCGCCUCCUGAAUAAAGACCUUCCUUUGCUGCCGUAA